AUGAAGGUCCACUGCAGAAUUAUAGUCCUGUUUCUUCAGAUAGGAACUUCAGGCAACAAUGCAAAAGUGGUGGGAUUUUUGGAGAGAAUGAAAGAUCUGUGUAUCAAGCCUGAAGAGAAGUCUCUUGGUGUGGGGUUACAUACAUUUUGCGCAAGAGUAUUUGCUGGAAUUCCUGCACCUAUAUAUUUUGGAGCUUUAGUGGAUUCCACAUGUUUACACUGGGGAACUUCAAAAUGUGGUGAGUCAGGAGCAUGCAGGAUAUAUGAUUCAACCAACUUCAGAUACAUCUACCUUGGCUUGCCAGGAGCUCUAAGAGGAAUAAGCUAUAUACCAGCCUUUUUAAUCCUAAUACUUUUGAAGAAUCGUCAUCUACCUGGUGAAAAUGCCUCUUCAGGAACUGUGCUUAUAGAGGCAAAAACUACAGGGAAGGAAAAUAAGUGCAAAGAUAUGGACCAAAGUUCCAAAGUUUUGAAUGAUAAUGAAUUGAUAACUAAAUUGUAAUGCCCUAUAAUAUGCCUCUCAGAAUUGUGGAAUACACGUAUAAACUACUUGCUUUUAAAAUCAAUGGGGGUAAGCAGGUAACAUUUUCUUAUCUUUAUGAACCUCAAUUUUUUGUUUUUUCACCCAAGAUAAAAAAUAUUCACUGGUGGUAUUUCUGAAGCAACCAUGGCAGUUGAAAUUUUCCUCAUAAAACAUUUAUAACCACCUUCAAAACAGGAUAUUAGAUCCAGUUUUAUGUUAUGUUAAAAUAGCAAUUUUCCUUUUAACUCAUAUGAAGUAAGGGUAUAUUUCCCACUUCUCCUUUUCCAGUCGAUGUUAAAAAUUUCCUAUUUUGAAAAUCUGAUUGAUUUCAUUAAAUUUCUGCUUUGUUA